AUGGAUGUGACAUUUGGAGACCAAUUAGCUAAUACCGGGGACAUAGAAAAUACUGUUUUGGAAGCCAAAGCCCCUCUUAAUAUCACCAGCGUAACACAAACGACACAAACAACUGAACCUACAACUGUGGUCACGUCAAGCUCUCCUACAACUGUAACGACACUUCCAACUACUGUUUCUCCAACAGAAACAACACAAACAGCUGAACCUACAACUGAGAUUACGACAAACUCACCUACUACUUCAACUUCACGUCCAACUACUGUCUCUUCAACAGAUUCGAAACAAACAACUGAACCUACAACUGAGAUUACGACAAACUCUCCUACUACUGCAACUACACUUCCCACUACUGUUUCUUCAACAGAAACGACACAAACAACUGAACCUACAACUGUGGUCAUGACAAACUCUCCUACUACUGCAACAACACUUCCCACUACUGUUUCUACAACAGAAACGACACAAACAACUGAACCUACAACUGAGAUUACGACAAACUCACCUACUACUUCAACUACACUUCCCACUACUUUGGAACCAUUAUUUAAAAAGAAUUUCCCCUCCUUCAAAAGUCUGGUAGUUAUUAAGUUCCGUCCAGGGUCAAUCAUCACUGACAUGAAGGUGACAUUUGGAGACCAAUUACCCAAUACCGGGGACAUAGAAAAUACUGUUUUGCAAGCCAAAGCCCCUCUUAAUAUCACCAGCGUAACACAAACGACACAAACAACUGAACGUACAACUGAGAUUAUCACAAACUCACCUACUACUGCAACUACACUUCCAACUACUGUUUCUACAACAGAAACGACACAAACAACUGAACCUACAACUGAGAUUACGACAAACUCUCCUACUACUGCAACUACACUUCCAACUACUGUUUCUUCUACAGAAACAACACAAACAACUGAACCUACAACUGAGAUUACGGCAAACUCUCCUACUACUUCAACUACACUUCCCACUACUGUCUCUUCCACAGAAACAACACAAACAACUGAACCUACAACUGAGAUUACGACAAACUCACCUACUACUGCAACUACUCUUCCAACUACUGUUUCUUCAACAGAAACGACACAAACAACUGAACCUACAACUGAGAUUACGACAAACUCUCCUACUACUGCAACUACACUUCCAACUACUGUUUCUUCAACAGAAACAACACAAACAACUGAACCUACAACUGAGAUUACGACAAACUCACCUACUACUGCAACUACACUUCCAACUACUGUUUCUUCAACAGAAACGACACAAACAACUGAACCUACAACUGUGGUUACGACAAACUCUCCUACUACUUCAACUACACUUCCCACUACUGUCUCUUCCACAGAAACAACACAAACAACUGAACCUACAACUGUGGUUACGACAAACUCACCUACUACUGCAACUACACUUCCCACUACUGUCUCUUCCACAGAAACAACACAAAUAACUGAACCUACAACUGUGGUUACGACAAACUCUCCUACCACUGCAACUACACUUCCAACUACUGUUUCUUCAACAGAAACUACACAAACAACUGAACCUACAACUGAGAUUACAACAAACUCUCCUACCACUGCAACUGCACUUCCAACUACUGUCUCUUCCACAGAAACAACACAAACAACUGAACCUACAACUGAGAUUACGACAAACUCUCCUACUACUUCAACUACACUUCCCACUACUGUUUCUUCCACAGAAACUACACAAACAACUGAACCUACAACUGAGAUUACGUCAAACUCUCCUACUACUGCAACUACACUUCCAACUACUGUUUCUUCAACAGAAACAACACAAACAACUGAACCUACAACUGUGGUUACGACAAACUCUCCUACUACUUCAACUACACUUCCCACUACUGUCUCUUCCACAGAAACAACACAAACAACUGAACCUACAACUGUGGUUACGACAAACUCACCUACUACUGCAACUACACUUCCAACUACUGUCUCUUCAACAGAAACAACACAAACAUCUGAACCUACAACUGAGAUUACGACAAACUCUCCUACUACUGCAACUACACUUCCCACUACUGUUUCUUCUACAGAAACAACACAAACAACUGAACCUACAACUGUGGUUACGACAAACUCUCCUACUACUUCAACUACACUUCCCACUACUGUUUCUUCAACAGAAACGACACAAACAACUGAACCUACAACUGAGAUUACAACAAACUCUCCUACUACUUCAACAACGCUUCCAACUACUGUUUCUUCAACAGAAACAACACAAACAACUGAACCUACAACUGAGAUUACAACAAACUCUCCUACCACUGCAACUACACUUCCAACUACUGUCUCUUCCACAGAAACAACACAAACAACUGAACCUACAACUGAGAUUACAACAAACUCACCUACUACUUCAACUACACUUCCCACUACUGUUUCUACAACAGAAACAACACAAACAACUGAACCUAUAACUGAGAUUACGACAAACUCUCCUACUACUUCAACUACACUUCCAACUACUGUCUCUUCCACAGAAACAACACAA